CAUGCUACAAAUAUAACUAGCAAUGGACACGAAAUUAUAGAUAUGAAAACACAUGAUAUAAUAGCAAGUUCCGUUUACGUCGCUAUAAACGUAAAGCUGACAGAAAAACCUACCUUUCACAAGCAAGAAUCGAGGAGAACAAGUUGACAACUGCACGAACAAGAUGAAAGGUUACUCUGAGGUAUCAGCUGUUUUGUUGGGUUUUUUACUCUACCAAGCCAUUAGUUUUUCUGAUGCUAUAGAAGAAAAAACAAACACGACUUUACACAACGACUUUAUUUCAUUUUCAAAUUCCUGUCCGCCUUUGGAAGAUAUUGAUCCUUGCUCAUGUAAUGAAUAUAGGAAUGGGUUGAGGAUAUCUUGUGCUGGUAUUUCUUCGUAUGAAGAUAUUGCCUUCCUGAAGUAUGCAUUAAAGAAAUAUCUGGUUUAUGAAAUCAAUAUUCAGAAAUCUACACUGAAAAAUAUACCAAAAGAUUUAUUCGAAGGAAUAUUCUUUAAAUAUAUUUAUUUUCAAGGUAUCUUGAUUAAUCCGUUGUCAUCAGAGGAUUCACCGUUUCUUCAAGCGAACUCUGACUCUGUUGAAAAUAUAAUCAUCCAUGAUAGUUUUCCGUCAGGUACUGGAAAACUUUCCUUCAGUCAUUUCACAAAACUAAUUGUACUUAAUUUAAACAAAAAUGUUCUUGAAAAAAUUGAUAGAAACUUUGCUGGGGAUUGCCGACGUUUAAUAUAUCUCUCUCUUAGCGAAAACAACAUCAAAGAUUUAGAAAGUUAUUCCUUUUCUGAACUGUUGGAUCUACAUUCGCUGCUCUUAUCACACAACAAGCUAUCUGCUCUUUACCGAGACAUGUUACCAUCCAAAGGAAAUUCGUUGGAGAAGCUUGACUUGAGCUAUAAUGAACUGAGUCAUCUUGAAAAUGACGUUUUUUCCGACAUGCCCGCUUUGAAUAUACUUAGAUUAUCAGCCAACAGAAUCACCUGUUUACAUGAAUCUACCUGGAGUCCAAUAUGGAAGCAAUUGUUUAUGUUAGUUAUAGAAGACAACGAAAUUCGAUGUGAUCAACACUUAAAGUGGAUUUUCAACUAUGAAUUUCCUUCUACAUUUUCGGGGUCAUGCAAGUCGCCUGAAAAUCUUAGAGGGAAAUCCCUGAGACAGCUGAAAGUGACAGAUCUAUUGUAAUGUUGUGAAGUACCAACAAAAGCUCUUUUUUUUAUACUAAGCAUAAUUUGAGUUACUGCAGAAGAAUAGGAAGUAACUAAUAACUAUGACAUGAAGUUGUGUGAACAUUUAUUUUUGUUUCUAUAUUGAUGUUGCUAGCGUUGACAAUUCUACUUCUGAAACUGUGUGAAUGAAGUUGAUUGAUAAAUAAAAUAUAUUCGUAACGUUUUGUCA